AUGGCGCUGCCCAAGCGUAUCAUCAAGGAGACGGAGCGGCUGAUGGCCGAGCCCGUGCCCGGGAUCAGCGCCAUCCCUCACGAAGACAACCUCCGAUACUUUGACGUCGAGAUCCACGGCCCUUCCCAGUCCCCCUACGAAGGCGGCGUGUUCAAGCUCGAGCUAUUCCUCCCCGAAGACUACCCCAUGACGCCUCCCAAGAUUCGCUUCCUCACAAAAAUCUUCCACCCCAAUGUCGACAAGCUUGGUCGCAUCUGUCUCGAUGUCCUGAAGAACAACUGGUCACCUGCCCUCCAGAUCCGAACGAUUCUCCUCUCCAUCCAGGCCCUCCUGGGCGCCCCCAACCCCGAUGACCCCCUCGCUGCCGACGUCGCCAAGAGCUGGAAGGACGACGAGAAGGCUGCCAUUGCCGUGGCAAGGGAGUGGACCGUGAAGUAUGCUACGCCGACAGCUUAG